UUUAUAUUUUAUUUUCUAUGACUCAAAUCAGUAUGAAAACAAAUCUCUAAAAGUAGACUUAGCCUAUAUUAAAUCCAGAGUGUUUGAGAAAAACACUGAAACAUUAUUUUGUUAACUAUUGAUAUCGUAAACUGUGCAUAUUAUUGCAUAUUAUUAGUUAUAUCAUGAGUGAUAAGCAGAAAGUUCUUAUUUGUGGAGACGUGGAGGGACACUUCAAAUUCCUAUUUUCCAAAGUGGACGCUAUCAACAAGAAGAGUGGGCCAUUCGAUUUCUUGUUAUGCGUUGAAUUUUUUGGUGAAGAUAAUUCCGAGUUGGAACCCUACAAGUCCUGCGAGAAAACUAUUACAGUACCGACGUAUAUUAUUGGCCCUAACAGGGAAUCUGAUCUGGAAUAUUACACCGAUAAGGAUGGAUAUGAGAUCUGUCAAAAUCUCACCUAUCUUGGAAAACGUGGUCUUUAUACUGCUAGUUCAGGUCUUAAAAUAGCAUAUCUCAGUGGAAUUGAGAAAGUAAUGACUGAGAACAAAGACAUAUAUUUCAAUGAACAUGAUGUUACAUCCAUCAAAAACAGUUGCUUGAAAGGUCAACCGAGUUUUCGCGGUGAUGUCUUAUUGACAUCUCCUUGGCCAGACGGCAUAACUAAUCUUGACACUAAUAAACCAGAAUGCAAAUAUCAGGGUUCCAAAUUAAUUGCUUGGUUGGCUACUCAUAUUAAACCUAGAUAUCAUGUCUCAGCAUUGGAAGGAAUUUAUUAUGAACGACCACCAUACAGGAAUCAGAGUCAGAGCGAUGGAAAUAUGGAAAUAGCCACUAGGUUCAUAGCUCUGGCACCAGUAAUGAAUAUUAACAAGAAAAAAUGGUUGUAUGCAUUAAAUUUAACUCCUGUUGAUAGAAGUAGGCUAUCAGAUUUAAUUAUGAAAACAACAGAUGAGACAUUGAGUCCAUAUCCCACAUCUAUGCUAUCUGAUGAUCCAAUGACGCAGAAUCAAGCUUAUACACAGUUCUUCUACGAUAUGGAUUCGAAGGACAAUGGGAAGAUCACGCAUCAGAAUGAUAAUCACAAUAAAAAGCCAAAACUGGAAUUUGAUCAGUCAAAAUGUUGGUUCUGCUUAUCUAGUCCAGUGGUUUCCAAGCAUCUGGUGAUUUCUGUUGGUACAGAAAUCUAUUUAGCAUUAGCAAAGGGUGGUUUGGUAGAGGAUCAUCUUUUAAUUUUGCCAAUAACACAUCAUCAGAGUCUAUCAAUCCUACCAAAGAAUGUGAAGGAAGAGAUGGAUCUUUACAAGAAAGCUGUGACACAAUACUAUGAAAGUACUGAUAGAGUGCCAGUAUUUUUUGAGAGAAAUUUUAAAACAUCUCAUUGUCAACUGCAAGCAGUACCUGUUCAUAAAAAUCAAGCACCAGCCCUGAAAGAAAUGUUUGAGGAACUAGCUGAAUGUAAUAAUUUCAAAAUAAUGGAGUUGCCACAGCAUACAGAUUUACAGCAAAUUGCAAAACCUGGUGCCCUAUAUUUUUAUGUAGAAUUACCAAAUGGAGAGAUGUUAUAUUACAGAAUUAAAAAAGAUUUCCCCUUACAAUUUGGUAGAGAAGUAUUAGCAUCUGACAGAAUAUUAGAUAUCAAUGAUAGAUCCGACUGGAAGGAUUGUCAUAUGAGUCAAGAGGAAGAAACCGAAGUAGCAAAGAAAAUUAGGAAACAAUUCGUGCCAUUUGACAUAGAUACUUAAAUUUCUACUACUUUUUAAAUAAUUAUAAUUUAUAUCCGUAAAAAAUGUAUUUACUAAUACAUGAAGUAUAAUUGUAAUCAGUUCUAUUUAUAAAUACAUAAUUAUUCUUUAAUCAGUUCUCAUAA